GAUACUUUAGUUGCCACAAACGCUCCAACCGUCGAACCUCCGAACUGAAUAUACAUGAGGUAAAAUAUAUAUAUCAAUAUAUAGGUAUAUAAAUUACAAUAAUAAUGGAAACUAAAAAAAUAAGUCAAAAAGAGUAUUUAAAAAAAUAUCUCAAAAGUGGUGGUGAUAAAAAAAGUAAAACUAAAAAAAAGUUGAAAAUUAAAAAUCCAAGAGUAACAGUCAUUGAUGACGACAUCAACUUGGAAAAUAUACGUCCUAUGGACGAUGCAGAAUAUGACAUUAUCAAUGCAACAGAAGAUGCUCCAAUGAUAGUUGGUGUCAUUGAUGAACGUGGACCAGUUGACUUUGCUGAUAAAAAGAAGUGGAAAAUAAUAGCUGAUGAUGGUGAUGGAAAUGUAGCUGUCAGUUCAAAUAGAAAUAAUUGUGAUAGCAAUGAUAGUUAUGACAAAGUAUCAAGGAAUAAUACUCAAGAACACUUGAGUAAUAAAUUAACGAAUCAUGAUAGAAAUGAUUCAACUGAAAAAGAGCAACUGCGUUCUAUUAAACAGUCAACAUCAAAGCAUAAUAAAUCUCGUAAGCGACAUAGAAGUCGGUCUGACUCUGACUCAUCUUCACAGUCAGAUUCAAAAAAUGACAAACGAUCAAGUAAAUCUAAAAGACAUUCUGAUAUAAGUCCACCUAGAUCUUCACAUGACAGGAAGAAUUCAGUAAAAACUUCCCAACAAACUGAAUAUGAUUCUGAUUUAGACGUACCAAGAGUGUCUCAUAAAUCUUCACGUGAAAGAAAGAGUAAACAUGAUCGACAUUCAAGAUUUAAUUCAGAAUCUGAUUCAAGACACGCGAGAUAUUCGGAUUUCAAUUUGAGUCCUUCUAGAAAAUCGAAAAAUAAUUCACGUGAAAGAAAACAAACGAGAGAUGAUUCCGAUUCGGAUUUAAAUCUUCCCAGGAAGUCCAGUAAUAAUUCACGGGAGUCAAAUCAGACGAGACAUGAUUCAGAUUUAGAUUUGAGUCCUCCUAGAAAAUCAAAGCAUCACUCACGUGAGUCAAAACAGACAAAUCACAGGUCAGAAUUAAAUUUGAGUCAUGAAAAAUCAAAGCAUCAUUCACAUGAAUCAAGAAAAUUUAGACAUGAUCACAAACAUUCAUCUCGACGUCAUGAAUCAGGACGGAGUAAAAAUACACCACCACCUUCAAGUUCAGAUGCUGAUGGUCGAUUAAAAAAGACUUUGGAUGGUAAAACUGCUGGCUUACAAGAUGCUGCAGGAUUAAGAGAAGAAACUGUAGCUCAUAAACAAAAAGAAAAAGAAGUGUUUAAUAAUAUGAGUGCUGAAGUAAGUGGAUAUGGUCAAGCUCCAGUAAUGAGAGACCGAAAAACUGGUAAACGACGUGAUUUAAAAGCUGAAGAAUUGGAACGUCUAGAAAAAGAAAAACGUCAGCAAGAAAUAAAUGAUAAAUAUUCUAAAUGGGGACGAGGACUUAAGCAAGUUGAUGACCGGGCUGAAAAAUUGAAACAGGAUUCAUAUGAGAUGACUAAACCAUUGGCCAGGUAUGCUGAUGAUGCUGAUCUUGAUGCUCUCCAAAGAGCAGAGGAACGAGAAGGAGAUCCCAUGCUGAACUUUAUAAAAGAAAAACAAAUAAAAGAAGGCAAAAGACAACCAGACAAACCAAGUUAUCAAGGCUCUUAUACGCCCAAUCGGUUUGGUAUAAAGCCAGGCUAUCGUUGGGAUGGUGUUGAUCGAAGUAAUGGUUAUGAAAAGAAAUGGUUCGAGGCUAAGAAUGCUCGUGUUGCUGUUCAAGAAGAAGCCUACAAAUGGAGCACGUCUGAUAUGUAAAAGAUUUUUUUUUAUUUUCGGUUUCAUUAACUGAAAUAUUUUUUAAAAAAUUGAUGUAAAUAAUUUUUUUUUAAAUUAUUAAAUAAUUACGUAUUAUAUAAAAUGCUAUAUUGUAUAAUAUGUUAUGUGUAAUUAUCUAUAAAAACAAAAUAAUAAUAAUAAUAACAAUCUACAUUAUUAAGAAAAUAUGGAAAAUUUUGUUCCAGCCGUAUCUUUCUCUGAUUAAGAAAAAUGAUUUGAAAUGAUUCAAAACAAUUUGACGACUCAUAUAUAUAUAUACAUACACUUAGCAUGGAUUAAAUCAUUCUUCUUAAUCAGAACAUGACAGAAUUAGUUAAUGUUAUUAAAUUUGGUAUCGUUGAAAAAGUCUUGACUUUAAUUUGUGCUUUUUUAUGGUUUAAACUGUCCUUUAUUGUCAAGAAUCGAGAUGAAUUAAUUUAUCUAUAUCAUUCGAAUUGCAUUUAAAUCACGCGGGAAAAAACACGAUCGGAUUUAUUUUCUUUAAAUAAAUAAAUUAAUAUUUUAAUUAUUCUGUCACUGAAUAUGACUGAGUAUAUAUUUAACUAUUAUAUAUAUAAUUAACAGAGAAUAAGAAAAAUUCAGUCCAUGCCAUGUCUUCUAUAUUAAUAAAAAUUAAACAAAUUUAAUUUGGUAUCCCUGAAAAAAAAUAUAUUAGACGACUAAUAAAAAAAAAAUUUGACGGUGUAGAUUUUUUUUAGAAUCCCAUAAUUAUACAAUUAUCAAGAUCAAUAAGUUUGCGAGUUAAUGACAAGAUUUGUCUUAUUAAACUUCAAUGAUAAUAAAAACAAAUCAAAUAUUUUAGAGUAAAUUAGUAAGAUUUCAAUAAACAAUUAAAUUUAAAUUAUAUUUAAUAAGUUUGGUAGUAAUACUUAGGCGGUCAUGUAGUGACUGUAGGUCACUCGUCAAUAUCAAUAAAUUAUUAGGAGACAACUUUUUUUAUCAGCACCAGCCGCAAAAGAUUUUAUGAGUGUAAAUGUAGCAGGCAUCAGACAAAUUUGAAAUUUUUAAUAAAUAGAGUAAAUAAUUAAUUAAAUAAAACUUUAAAAAAACGCGCAUUUAAAAAAUUUUGAAAUCAAUAA